UACCUGGGCGUAAUUUAAUCUAACGGCGGUACGGGGCGGGAGCUGCGCGAGCUGUUAUCAGGGCGAGGCGAGGCCGGGGCGGAGCGAAGCGAGGGUCGGCCCCGCCGCAAACCCGGGGCGGGACGUGCGGCGCCUCACGCCUCGGCCUCGGCCUGCGCCGCCGCUGAGUGAAGCACUUCCGAGGGAUGCUGAUGAGUCUCUUCCAAUUUACCGCUAGAAGGCUGGUUUCCCAGGCAUAUUGUGGACUUAAGGCUGCUUCUUCAAAGACAGAGAAGUUUCGCUUGGAAAUGGCUCGUCCUAGUUCAAAUAUGGCUGAUUUUCGAGAAGUGUUUGCCAAAGCGAAGCACAUAGCCAUUAUCACGGGAGCCGGUGUUAGUGCGGAGAGUGGAGUGCCUACCUUCAGAGGGGCUGGAGGUUUCUGGAGAAAGUGGCAAGCCCAGGAGCUGGCUACUCCAGAGGCUUUUGCACGAAACCCUUCUCGCGUAUGGGAAUUUUACCAUUACCGCCGGGAAGUGAUGUUGAGUAAACAUCCGAACCCUGCGCAUGUUGCAAUUGCAGAGUGCGAGAGGCGACUGAGCAAGCAAGGAAGGAGCGUUGUGGUCAUUACUCAGAAUAUUGAUGAACUCCACAGAAAGGCAGGCACAAAGCACCUCUUAGAAAUUCACGGUAGUUUAUUUAAAACUCGAUGCACUAACUGUGGAAACGUAGCUGCAAAUUACAAGAGUCCAAUAUGCCCCGCGUUGGCCGGGAAAGGGGCUCCAGAUCCUGAAACAGAAGACGCCACGAUUCCAGUUGAAGCCCUUCCUCAGUGCGAGGAGGACGGCUGCAACGGGCUCCUCCGUCCCCACGUCGUGUGGUUUGGGGAAACCCUGGAUCCUGACAUUCUCACGGAGGUUGAGAAGGAGCUUGAUAUUUGCGACCUCUGCUUGGUAGUCGGGACCUCCUCCGUGGUGUACCCCGCUGCUAUGUUUGCCCCUCAGGUAUCCGCCAGAGGAGUGCCAGUAGCAGAAUUUAACAUGGAAGCUACUCCUGCUACCAACAGAUUCAGGUUCCACUUCCCGGGCCCCUGCGGGACCACCCUGCCGCCGGCGCUGGCUCGCCACCAGACGGAGAUCAUCGCCUGAGCGCGGGGGGGGGGGACGCGGGGGGGUGCGGGGAGGCGGCGGGCCUGGCCCCUCCGCUGCUCCCCACGGCAAUAAAGGGGCGGGGGGGGACCCCGCCGGCAGCUC